GCCGCCGGGCCGAGCGCCGAGCGCGCUAGGCCCGGCGAGUCGAGCGGCCGAUGGGCUCCGACGCCAUUUUCCCGGAAGCCCGCGAGCGGCCCGCAGCAAGGAGCCCGGCCGCGGCAGAGCCCCGCCGCCGCCGCCGCCGCCGCCGCCGGGAUGUUCCACGGGAUCCCCGCCGCUCCGGGCCUGGGAGCCCCAGGGAAUAAGCCGGAACUGUACGAGGAGGUGAAGCUGUAUAAGAAUGCACGGGAGCGAGAAAAGUACGAUAACAUGGCUGAGCUGUUUGCGGUGGUGAAGACGAUGCAGGCUCUGGAGAAAGCUUACAUCAAGGACUGCGUCUCUCCCAACGAGUACACUGCAGCCUGCUCCCGGCUCCUAGUCCAGUACAAAGCUGCCUUCAAACAGGUGCAGGGUUCCGAGAUCAGCUCCAUCGAUGAAUUCUGCCGCAAGUUCCGGCUCGACUGCCCGCUGGCCAUGGAGAGGAUCAAGGAGGAUCGGCCAAUCACCAUAAAGGACGACAAGGGCAACCUGAACCGCUGCAUUGCCGACAUCGUCUCUCUUUUCAUCACGGUGAUGGAUAAACUGCGCCUGGAGAUCCGAGCCAUGGAUGAGAUCCAGCCGGACCUGCGGGAGCUGAUGGAGACAAUGAACCGCAUGAGCCACCUGCCCCCUGACUUUGAGGGGCGACAGAAAGUGAACCAGUGGGGGAGGGAGAACCCUGCAAAGAGUAGGGAGCAGCACCCUGGCCAGCCUCAGAUGGUGCUGCUCUGUCAGCAGAUAAAGCAGCUGGCCUUGUGGAGGGGGGGAGAUCCACAACCACGUCUGUGUCACAGCUUGUGGGGAGAGUUGAGAGAAGAGCAGCUAAGGCCAGAGCUGGUGGAAUGCAGCACUUUAUUUACCAUGGUUAACCGAUGCCCCUGCGGCCAUGAGCAGCAAGCCCUAUGCUCCCAGGAAAGCACCGGACAGUCAAUAAAUAACCUGUAAUGUCUGAACUAGCUCGAGUGGCCACUGGAAGGGUGGGGCCAGAGCCCCUACAGCCUGGGGAGGAUGUGAAUACCUCCCCCCUGCAGGACUGGAUUACAGAAAGAUUAUUAGAGGACAAAAUAUUCCCACCCCCCAACCCACUCUGAGUCAAGCUCCAAGGGCAAUGGAGGUGGGGACCCUUCUGCCCCAGGGCCUCAGUCAGUCUUUGACAGCUGGUUUCCCCAAGCAGUGACCUUCAGAACUUGCUUCAGGGCAGUUGCU